GGAAGAUAUGUGAAAGGUACACUGACCGAUUAACAAUGAGAAUAACCGAAGAUCGAUAUUGCCAUUUAUGGACGUGUAGAAAAAUUUUGCACAUUUUUGCACAUAAUUCGCUUCAUCAUUAAACGAUAUACUUUACUGAUGCCCCAUCUGUUAUCGUAGUUUCUUCUGUACUUGUCGACCUUGCUUUUUUAACAUUUUUUAGUGUCAUUUUCGAAAGCCAAACUUCCCACCUGCAGACUCCUGAUGUUUUCAAUACGCGGGGAGUGACAUUACCCGACAAAGUCUCUACCACUAAUUAAUGUUUCAGGAAAACUAGCCUUGCUACAAUAGAAAAACUAUGGGAAAAAUCCAUUACCUCAGCGCUUGACCAAACUCCAAUGAGAGAAUGUUGGAUGAAGUCAUCUGUCACCUGAGAUAGAUGAAAAUCUUCGAGAGUAAAAGAUUUGUUUCAGUUGCACACCACACAUCGAAUAAUCAUAGGUUUUACUCCAGAUUGAGCGGGAAUAUCUAGGUUUUCUAGGAAAGGAGAGGCCGGAAAACAAUGGCAUGUUCUCUCGCCAUCCUGCUACUUGGAUUCAUUUGUUCCUUCCCAGCUGCCUCUGGUUCCUUAGCCUCCAAGCUCUCAAAGGCAGCAUUGGUACCCUCUACCGCCAUUGGAACUUAUUCCCGGUCCAGUACUGUCGCCGCGUUAUCGUUGCUAGAGCAAGAAAAGUUGGAAGAGGCGACAGAAUCUCUUGUUCAAACAGCACUGACCCUCAGUCUCCUUGAUGUUGGAGGGGGCGCCAUUUUACCCAUCACCGAAGAAAUUGUGACGUACAUCACAACCAAGACCGAAUUCGCAGCCACCAGAGAAGCUAUUGCAUACUACAACAGGAUUCUAAAAAGCGAAAUAAGCAAAAGUGCAACUCAGGGCAUGAACAAACAAACUAUUAGAACUGCCAAAGAAACCUUAAAAAAUACCCUCAACGAUGACGUAGCAAAGUUUUCUCGUGUGAGUAAGGUUAAAAAAGCUUUUACUAAGGUUACCAAGUGGUUCGGUAAAGCUUCAGUAUUCGAUGUGCUUGGGCCACUCACUGAUACCAUAACUAUAGGUCUCAAUAUUUGGGGACUUGACAUCGCCAUCAGGGAUGGAAAUGACGCUGGCAUCGCUGCCGCCUCGCUGAGUAUCCUUGCCGGAGUGGUAGGAAUUGGCACCUUUUUCGCUGCGGUAGCUACAGGAUCGGCUGUGCUUGGACCAGUUGGAGCUAUAGCUGGCGCAAUUCUGGGAAUUGCUGCAACCUUAAUAGAACUGUUCGUAGGGCCACCCUACGAUAAAGCCGCAGUUGAGGCAUAUAGAGCAAGACUAAGAGAGCUUAGAAACCUUAGAGACGCUUGUGUGAGCCAAAUCGACAAGCGAAUGGAGUUUUUGGAGAAUGUUGGCUCACCAUACAGUGAUGUUUAUGUCAACAACCAGGCGGCUUCUAUGACAGAAGUUGAGUCGGGAGAGUUGCAACUGCUUGAUUCUUACAUGAAUCAAUACUAUCGCGGAAAAGUACCAUACCAGAAUUCUAUGUACCACCGCGGAUUCAAGGGCCACUUUACCAGAUAUAUGUUAUCAGAGGCGAAGGAAGAGAUGCGAAAUAAGACUUACGUAUGCAUUGGCAAAUACCGUGGCAUAGUGAGUCCAAAGAUGCCUCUUGCAUCAAGUUCCACAGGCUGGGGUAAAACAACUGGCUUCAUUGGUUUUGAUUUUUAUGGGAAGUAUAAAAGGGACACUACCUACGGUGGUGUUCACGUUUUCAUCAAUUCAGAAUUUAUAUCGGAGGAGGAAUUGAACGGCAUUAAUAUCAAUACUUUUUUGAGCCUUGGAUCGGAUGCUGAUCAAGAACAGACGCCCCAAAAUGAUGUGAUUAGUAUAAGUGAUUACAAGAAGCUCCGUAAACGUGACAAAAUAAACAUACGAACCGGAUUCGGAAGUGAUUGCUUGAACAUAAAUGGCAUGAUAGGAGAGUUCCAUCAAGAUUAUGAAAAUUCAUUGAUUGCCGAUAUGGAAUGGCACGGAUGGAACAUUCUGUCAUUUAAAGGAAUGUCGAGAGACCGCGAUGACAUCAAAGGAAUCUUCUUUGACACAAAACAUGAAGUCUUGAAAUACUUCCACGGAGAAGAUAGAAGAACUCACACUCUUGGUAAAGUGUUCUUUGUCACCCAGUUUGUCGGUUCGCCAUUCGAUGAUCACGUUAUUCUACAUCAAAACCUUUUCAAAGUUUUUCAAACAUCCGGAAGUAAUGUAUACGAGUUUGAUUUUGAUGAAUUUGAUCUCGGCAAGCCAUGGAGUACAAAAUUUGAGAUCACUGACCAAAGCAAGCAGUCUCUAAAAAUUAACUUAAAAACUUCGGAUGCUUCUAAAAUUCCGCCAAACAAUAUUGUUCUUUCCUACAAAAAACUGAAAAUCUUUAGUACAAGGGGUCAGUAUACUUACAUACCUAGAAUAGAAGUCUCCUUGUGGAAUACAACAACCAAUGGCAACAUCUUUAUCAACGAUGACAACCCCAUCCCACUGGAUCACGGCCAUCUUAGUCCUUGGCAAUUCAAUGGCGAAAGAAGGAAUUUAAACAUUGGUCAAUCUCCGCGGACUGUUACUUACGACGACGGUAACAGAGAAGAUUUAUUACUAUUGAAAUGGCCAACCGACCAGGAUCCAGAUUCCACAGAUUACACGAUUGACAUGAAGGGCGGCACAGAUUACGUUAUGAUUAGCGAUAAGUACUUUCUUGACCCUUCUGGUGUUGAUGGUGAAGACGUGAUUCUUAUGCUAGAUCAAGGUUCCGACUCAACGGGUGCAUUUACAGUGGUCAUCCAAAAGAGUGGCAAUGAUGGAUUCCGCACAAAUCUUGAGUUGCGAAACGUAGAGAGAAUAAUUAAUGAGUAUGGCAAUCGCCUGGUUGCAUUCGAUGUGGGGAGUCAUCAGUUUCCGAUGGAUCUGUUUGACCGAUACGUAGAAGUUACUCGCAUGACACUAAAGAUUAAGACAUCAGAAGAUGUCCUUGAUUAAGGUGGCCGAACACAG